AUGCCCGUCUCCCCAGUGUCCUCACCUCACCCGCACAUCUGGGCGCCCGGGACCUACGUGCUCGUGAACGCGCGCGGGGGGACGGCGGUCGACCUGCACGGGGCCGACGACCGGACACUGAUCGGCUUCCACAAGCACGGAGGCGAGAACCAGCAGUGGGAGUUCAUCCCGUGUGGGCGCGGGUACGUCAUCCGCUGCGUGCGCCGCGCCAAGGACGGGCACGCGUUGUACCUCACCACCGAGGGCGGCGUUGGGGAGAUGAAGGCAGUCGUGGCGAGCCCGUAUCCGGUUACGUGGCAGGUCGAGCAGGACGGGGACGCGAUCCGGGUGUGCUGGCCUGACACGAAGCUGGUCUGGGACCUCGCGGACUGGGGCAACAGCAAGCUCGGGACCAAAAUUCACCUCAUGGAGAGGAAGCACAAGGAGCGCUGCCAGGAAUGGCACUUCACGCGCUGCACGCCCACCCAAGCGCACGACCAUGGGCACGACGACGAGCACGAAGUCGUCAGCGCCCGCGCGCUCUCGCCCCCAGCGUCGACGGAGACGGUGACGGUCAUGGAGGAGGCUGGCCACAUCACGACGACGCGCACGACGACAACCACCGUGAUCACGACGGUCACGGAGGUGACGCGCACGCCGAAAGGGUUCCUGCACUCUCCCCGGGGGCAGCGCAAGAGCAUUGGGUAUCGGUGA